AUGACGGGGACCGGGGUUGAGUUUGAUGCAGAGGUGACAGCCAUCAGAUCGGCGAUGGUGAAUGAGUUGAAUGGGGGGGGGUUGGGGGAUCGGGAGAGGAUCGAGGAGACCGUAGAGGAGGCGAUCUGGUGGCUGGAGGGGAACCAGCUGGCGGAGGUAGAGGAGUUCGAGCACAAGCAGAAUGAGUUGGAGGAGGUCUGUGUGCCGUUAAUCGCGAAGAUGUGUCAGGGUGGUGGAGGAGCUGAUAGCGUAGGGAUGAAUAGCGGUGGUGCUUCAGGCGGUGGUGCAGGUGGUAGCGGCGGUGGUGGUUCUGGGCCUAAGAUUGAGGAAGUUGAUUAA